CAAAGCCAAAGGCCCAAACGUAGCUGCCGUACAGUAAGAUCGAGGAAGGAAAAUUACGGCGGGGCCGAAGCACACUUUUCAACAAAGCACUCUCUUCCUCUCUGUCUGGCUCUGCUGGGCUUCUUCACAGAAAAGAAAACUCCAUAGGGCAUGGGCUUUUGUUUUUGCUCGUUCUGAGUAGCUAUCUUUGCUCGAAUUCUCGGAUCUCUUCUCGCACAUGGUUUUCAGGGACAGAUCAUGGCGAACUACUUAGUUCAGUUUCAGACGAUCAAGAAUGCGUGCGAUCACUUGAUUAUUGCAGCUCAUGUUCUAUUUUAUUCAAUGCUUCCAGUUGAGGAUGUAAGUGAUUUAUGGCCUAUUGUGAAAGGUGGAUUUGAGGCACGCUUGCCAUUUAAAAGAGCUAGCUUAAAUAACAAGACUCGUAAUCCUGUGUAUGUGGAAAAAUUGCCUGCUGAAUUCAUAUUAACAACAGAUUCAAGACUUCGUAGCCGUUAUCCACAGGAACAGUCAGUAUUUUGGUUCCGAGAACCAUAUGCCACUGUGGUUCUUGUUACUUGUGAGGAUCUUGAUGAAUUCAAGAAUAUUCUAAAACCACGCUUGAAAUUAAUUGUUCAAAAUGAUGAGAAGGAAUGGUUUAUCGUUUUUGUCUCAAAAGCUUCCCCUAACAAUGACCAGGCCACCAAGAUGGCUAAAAAGAUAUAUGCCAAACUGGAAGUUGAUUUUAGCUCAAAGAAGAGAGAAAGAUGCUGCAAGUUAGAUAUACAUGGACCUGAAGCAAACUUUUGGGAAGAUUUGGAAUCCAAGAUAGUGGAGUCGAUACGGAAUACAUUGGAUAGGCGUGUUCAGUUCUAUGAGGAUGAGAUCCGCAAGCUUAGUGAGCAGCGCUUAAUGCCAGUGUGGAAUUUCUGUAACUUCUUCAUUUUAAAGGAAAGCUUGGCUUUCAUGUUUGAGAUGGCUCAUCUUCAUGAAGAUUCAUUGCGCGAGUAUGAUGAACUAGAGCUUUGUUAUUUAGAAACAGUUAAUGCGCCAACCAUGAAACAAAGGGAAUUUGGAGGAGUGGAUCAUGGAGAUGAUCAAGCAUCACUUCUGAAUCCUGGACACAAACCAUUAUCGCAGAUUGUUCAAGAUGAUUCAUUUAGAGAGUUUGAAUUCAGGCAGUAUCUGUUUUCCUGUCAGUCUAAGCUAUUAUUCAAGCUGAACCGUCCUGUUGAAGUUGCAUCAAGGGGCUAUUCUUUCAUUGUCAGCUUUUCAAAGGCAUUGACACUUAAUGAGAGUAUAUUACCCUUUUGUAUGAGGGAAGUUUGGGUGAUUACAGCAUGUUUGACUUUAAUCAGUGCAACUGUUUCUCAUUAUAAUGAUGGUCUUGUGGCACCUGAUGUUGAAAAGGAGUUCUACCGCCUUCAGGGCGAUUUAUAUUCACUAAGCCGUGUCAAGUUUAUGAGGCUUGCAUAUCUAAUAGGAUAUGGAACAGAAAUAGAACGGAGUCCUGCUAACAGUGCUGCACUAAGCAUGCUACCUUGGCCCAAACCAGCAGUUUGGCCUUUACUUCCACCAGAUGCUGCUUCUGACGUUCUUGUAAAGGAGAAGGUGAUUCUUCAAGCAAAUCUCAGGGUAAAGCCCUUUGGUAUUCAGAGAAAACCAUUGCCUCUGGAACCUUCUGUACUUCUAAGGGAGGCUAAUCGGCGGAGGGCUUCUCUUUCUGCUGGAAAUAUGUUUGAAAUGUCUGAUGGUCGGCUAAGUUUUUCUGAUGGCUCAGGUUUAGAUGCACCUUUGAAGAUGUCCCCAAAGAAAGUACAGGUGGGUUCUAUGUCACGAACCAACUCUUCUCCAGGAAACUUCGAGAGCUCACUUGAUCGGCCUAUGAGACUUGCAGAAAUUCAUGUUGCUGCUGAGCAUGCUCUGCAGCAAACAAUUUCUGAUUCUGAUCUGUGGAAGUCUUUAUCAUCUAUAGAGGAGUUUGAGCAAAAAUAUUUGGAGCUGACAAAAGGUGCUGCUGAUAACUAUCAUCGUUCUUGGUGGAAAAGACAUGGAGUUGUGCUUGAUGGUGAGAUUGCAGCUGUUUGCUAUAGACAUGGAAACUUUGAUCUAGCUGCAAAGUCGUAUGAAAAAGUUUGUGCCCUCUAUGCUGGUGAAGGGUGGCAUGAUCUAUUGGCUGAAGUUCUACCCAACCUGGCUGAGUGUCAAAAGAUACUUAACGAUCAAGCUGGGUAUCUCUCUUCUUGUGUAAGAUUGCUAUCACUGGAUAAAGGUUUAUUCUCAAUUAAGGAACGCCAAGCUUUUCAGUCAGAGCUUGUUCGACUUGCACACAGUGAAAUGAAGGAUCCUGUUCCCCUAGAUGUAUCAUCAUUAAUAACAUUUUCUGGAAAUCCUGGUCCGCCACUUGAAUUAUGUGAUGGAGACCCAGGCACACUAUCUGUAACAGUCUGGAGUGGCUUUCCAGAUGAUAUAACUCUUGAGUCACUUAGUCUCACUCUCACAGCUACAUAUAGUGCUGAUGAAGGUGUUAAGGGAAUAAGGAGCUCAGCUGCUACCAUACUAAAGCCUGGUAGGAACACCAUCACCCUUGCUCUACCCCCACAAAAACCUGGAUCUUAUGUCUUAGGGGUUCUCACUGGACAGAUUGGGCACCUAAGAUUUAGAUCUCAUAGUUUUUCUAAAGGUGGACCUGCAGACAGUGAUGAUUUUAUGAGUUACGAAAAGCCAGCAAGACCUAUCUUAAAGGUGUUUAAUCCAAGACCUCUAGUUGAUAUUUCUGCAGCUAUUUCGUCUGCUUUGCUAAUGAAUGAGCCUCAGUGGGUUGGACUGUUUGUGAAGCCUAUUAACUACUCCCUCAAGGAUGCAGUCUUGCAUAUAGAUACUGGUCCAGGCCUAAAGAUUGAAGAGUCACAUGUUAUUGAGAUGGAGAGCUACACUAAGAUUUUUCAGGACUCUUCUUCCAUGGGGAUCUCUCAUGAUUCCAGAAAGGAAUCUUCUACAGUUUAUGAAGACUUUAAGCAAUUAAAACUCCAAGAUGGGAAAAUAGAGUUGCCGGACUGGGCGAGCAAUAUAACUUCUGUUCUGUGGUUUCCUGUCUGUGCUAUUGAUAACAGGCUUGCAAGAGGGACAUCUUCAGUCAUUCCUUAUCCACAGAGUAAUCUAGAUGGAAUGAGGACAAUAGCUCUGAAAUUAGAAUUUGGGACAUCUCGCAACCAGACAUUUGAAAGGACAGUUGCUGUCCAUUUCACAGAUCCUUUCCAUGUAAGCACACGUAUAGCAGAUAAAUGCAAUGAUGGAACAUUGCUUUUGCAGGUGAUACUACACUCCCAGGUGAGGGCCACAUUGACCAUUUAUGAUGCUUGGCUAGAUCUACAACCUGGAUUUAUUCAUGUGGGUCAAGGUGAUGGGAGACCAACUUCAAGCUUCUUUCCACUUGUCAUCUCUCCAUCAUCAAGAGCUGGAAUUCUGUUUGGGAUACGCUUAGGGAGUGGAAAAACUGGAGAUGAAGCAGAGACAUCACAUGCAGAUAGUAUAUUAAACAUUAGAUAUGGUAUCUCUGGUGAUAGAACCCAUGGGGCACAUACACCUGUGGCUGCGGAACCCACUGGAUCUCAAGGUGACAAGCAUGAUUUGCUCUUCAGGAGUGCACUUGUUCUUGAAAGACCUGUGCUUGAUCCCUGUCUGGCAGUUGGUUUCCUGCCGCUUCCUUCUGGUGGAUUAAGAGUUGGGCAGUUGAUUAGCAUGCAAUGGAGAGUUGAAAGAUUGAAGGAUUUUGAGGAGAAUUCCAUUUCCCAUGAUAGUGAUGAGGUGUUAUAUGAAAUCAAUGCGAAUCCAGAUAACUGGAUGAUUGCUGGGAGGAAAAGAGGGCAUGUGUCACUAUCUACAAAGCGAGGUUCAAGGAUUAUUAUCUCGAUUAUAUGUGUGCCACUGGUAGCAGGAUACGUUCGUCCUCCUCAACUUGGACUGCCCAAUGUUGGUGAGGCAAAUAUAGCUUCCAAUCCUGAAGGGCCCCACCUUGUUUGUGUCUUGCCUCCAGCUCUGAGCUCUUCAUUUUGUGUUCCAGUAUGAUUCCCAUCUCUCCAUAGGAAAAUUAUCUCCUUGAGGUCUUCUACCAACCCUGAUCUUGUAAUUGGAUUUGUUUUUAACCACUUACAAAUCCAUGUUGCCUAGCCAUGUAAAUUCAAUAUCUACUCUUGGUAAUUAACCUGCAAUGUGUACAUUUUUUUUUAUUUUUUUGUUUUUCCCUUUUGUUAAAUGAGAAAAGAAAAGGAUAGUGGAAUUUGGUUGUCGGAGAAAAUUAGCUGUCACAGAUUGAUAAGAAAAAGGGAAAAAGAAAAUUUGAUGAUGAAAUUCUCAAUUUCUUUCAGUUUCGUUC